GAAUACACCCUUAAAUUCCCUUCAUUUAAGCACCUGUAAUAUGACACUGUCUGACAUUGUCAAAUGAUGGCAGAAGGAGAAGGCGCAUACGGAAGAAAAACUCCCCUAGCCUUAAGACCCGAAGACUAUCCAUUUUUCGAACCUCCAGUGCCCCAGUUCAUUGUCGCCUAUGACAUCCCUGUCAAAGACAAGAAACUAACAUGGGAUGAAGCUUCCAGAUGCUUAAACACCCUAGGCAGAGACGAAACUGGAGCAAGAUACGCUUAUCUAAUGAUAACAGCCACCGACAAAAAGCUUACCGAUAUUUCGAUCGUUCUAAGCUUCAAGCACGUGCUAUUUCUGGACUUUAGUGGCAAUUUCCUGACCAUGGAGGCUUUGCAAGUAUUGAGCCAGAUGCCUUUUUUGAUUUUGCUGAAGGCUGAUCGGAACAGAAUCGAAUCAGGGGCAUUGGGAGAGAUGCCUUACUUGCAGGUGUUGUCUUUGAACAUUAACAAAGUGGAGGAGACGUACGAUAUAGCCCAGCCUAUGUUGGAAACUUUGAAUUUGGAGUUUAAUCAGAUAUUCACUGCCCAGUUUGAAUCGGAGAGAUUACCACAUUUAAAAGAACUAGACCUGAAAGGAAACCACCUCAUGGACAUCAGCGGCAUGUACCCUGAACACCUGGAAAGAUUAUUCGCAGCUCAAAACAAAAUCACAAGAAUCUCAGGUUUGGCCAUGUCCAAACUCACUAAUCUCACCACCCUUCAUCUCCGAGACAACAAGAUCAAAAAACUCAACGGAUUUUCCGAAUAUUUCACCAAAUUGGAAUACCUAAACGUGAGAAAUAACAACAUUACUAAGUUAAGACAGUUCAGAAAGUUGGCGUGCUUGCCAAACCUGAGGACUCUGAUUAUUACUGGCAACCCUGUCAGGGGUAAACAAAGGUUUGACACAGUGAAGGGUGAAGGAGGUGCCGAGGAAGAUGAGGAUGAUCCACAAGAGGAAGCUUUUGGUGAAGAUGGACCAGUUAGAAGAAUGGACCCGGUUCGAGUUGGAUUGUUGGUUUUAUUGCCCAAUUUAACGAGAAUAGAUAAAGACUUGGUAACGCUAGAAGAGCGAGAAGAAGCCUUGAUGACAAAGGAUAAACAGAUGGAACUUAUCAUGGGAGAAAUAAGCAGCGACGAGGAGACUGAACCUCCCACUACCACGUACACCAGUGAGGUUGGAGGAGAGUCCGAGACAGAUUUUGAGGACGAAAAACCGGUGGAAAUUUUCAAUCCUAGCAACACCGAAGAAGAAGACGAUGAUUGAGUUGUUCUUUUGUAUUAUUUAGUUUUAUUAGUUGUUUUGUUGUCUAACGUUGUUGAU